AUGCCCCACUCGGUCCGGCACUGGCCGGGUGGCAUCCCCAGCUGCAUCAAGCGACAUCCGGUGGAGGAUUUGUCAAUCGAGGAGCUGAAGGAGGAAGUCAAAGGGUGGCUCUUAUUUGUCAAGGAAACAUGGGUGGCCCGUCCAGACAGCAUGGAAGACGACGACGAGUAUGAAUUAGAUCAACGCCGGGCGCUGGUGGAACAAUGGGCGUCUGCCAGCCAGGGGUUCCGCGAUUCGUUCCACGCCCGGGCCAAUUUCGAAGAUCUCCGCUAUCCAGCCGAAGCAAUGGAGCGCAUAGAGGAGACCAUCCAGCAGUAUAAUCCCCAGGGGCUCAUCUGUCUCGUACCAAUUGAUAAAGGUCGGCCUGUGGAUUACGCGCGCUUCAUUAAAUUUGCGAUCCUGCUCUACCGCUAUGAUCCUGAGACCGGACACUGUCUGGGAGAUUCUUACAUGCCAGAGGCUGCUGUAUUGAACCCCGUUUCGGACAUGACCAACAGAUUUGAGGACUUCCUUCGCUGGUCUGAUCUUGAGACGGCUGAUUUCCGGUCGAUAUACUUGACCCGCUCGGGAAGUGUCGUCUACAAUGGCUUUCUAGGACCGUAUCUACUGCUUGAUGAAGAAGGGCUAAGGACAGGCCGUCUUUCACUCGUGCAGUUCAAGCAAAAUGGAGCUGUCGAAGAUCUGGUGGAAAUCCGCCCAUUCAAUAUGUUUUGGCCGUACCUAGACCUCACCGUUCACAUCAAAGGAUUGGAGGAGAUAAGGCAUUGUGACGGAGGGCGUAGGCAUCAAAAUACACCCAUCAACAUGGACCUACCCAUCCUCGAUAUCGUGUGUCAUGCAUCGGAGGCGAACCAACUCCCCUCCGACAUCUCCCUCUCCACCCGCGAGCAAUGGGCCGAAGACAUCGAGCUCUACGCACCGGGGUACCUAGCACUCGAAGAAGCCGGACGCGGAGCAGAGUACGACUUUUCUCGAUUUUCAGUACCGCGCGAUAUUGCAGGCGUACAAAAGCGCGUUUGGGAGAAGUUGAAGGCAGGCGACGUACCGCGGUUUCAGUAUCUGCCUAAUGUCCCGCCAGAGCAGCGGCCGCCACAGCUUCAGCUGCAGACUCAAGCCCAGACGGGUCCUCGUCCAAUGGACUUCCAGGGGAUGCUUGCGGCAUUGGCUCGUCAGCAUGCUGAUCGCCAGAGUGAGUAA